AUGGCGGCGGAGCGGCCGCUACUGGCGGAGGAGGAGGAGGACGAGGCGGAGGUGGCGCGGGCGUGGCGCGCCGUGGAGGCGGUGCGCGUGACGGCGGACGUGGCGGCGGCGGCGCGGCACCUGAUGGCGCUGCUGCGGCGGGUGCAGGCGCACGGCGGGCUGUGCGACGAGGGGCCCACCCUCGAUACCGCCAUCCGCAGGUACGAGCGGUGCUGGCUGCAGCUGGCUGGGCGGCUGAGUGACGACGAAAUGUGCCGCCUGCUGCCGCCCAUUGACGUGGAAUGGGUGUGGCUCUGCCACCGCCUCAACCCCGAGGCGUAUAGCAGGGAGUGCGAGGCCAUGGUGGGUCGAGUGGUGGAGCAAGCAGUGCUGGACGCGAGUGAGUGUGACUCCUCUCACCACCCUGCUGCCAAUCCUGCUGCCUGCAGCAGCAGCAGCGGGGGCGGGAGGGAGGCAGCAGAGGCAGCGGCGCGGCGGGUGUGGGGCAGGCUGCUCCCUCACGAGCCCUACGACCUGUGCAUGCCUUGUGUGGCGCACGGCUCACAGCGCGGCUGGGGCAGUGGGCACGAUGAUGACCGAGGCGUGAGGGAGGGCAAGCAGUGUGGGCGGGAGAGUGGGGAGAGAGGGGUGGCACAAGGGGGGCGAGAAGGGGACGAAAGGGCGAGCUGGGAGAAAGGCCCUCGUGGCGACGGAGGAGCACGGUGCAGCGCAGCAGGUGUGGAGGGGCAGAGAGACGAGGGGAGGGGCUCCGGGCGGGGAGAGCAUGCAGGCGUUCCAGAGGAGCCCCUGGGAGGCAGCGGGGCGGCAAUGGCCUCCAGAGCACCGGGCGCGGUGGCAGUGCUGGCAGUCGCAGGGGCGCAGGGCAGAGCGGCGGUGGCAGAGGGUGUAGGAGAGGGGCGGCGCGUGCAGUAUGACCUGAGAGGUGCUGUGGUGCGACAGAGAGGGCUCUUGUUCCAGGUGAGGGGCGCUCACUCGUGCUGCGAGAGAAGGUGGAUCGGCCGUGGAUGGUGCAAGCGGCAUACCUGA